AAGGAAGUGUCACUGCUUUGCCGGAAAUUAAGUCAAACUGAAGUUGAUGUCAAACUGAGGCUCAGUAAGGAACCGUUUCUGCCGAUAAAUAUGUAACCUGCUGCUGACAGUGACCGUAACGAAGCGGCAGUUGUUUAUCUGGAGACUGGCGACAAAGGGACGUUCACUGACCGGAAGGGAUAGAGGUUUCCGUUUAAGGAAGUCAGUUGAGAACGAGCUAAGAGGCUAACGGGCGUUAGCAGCGGCUGAGGGGCCACCGCUGGUGUAGCUUCACCAGGUGGAGGUCAGUGGAAAGUAAACGGCUUUUCCAUAACUCUAGUAAACUGUCCUUUGGAAUGGAUUCAUCCUUGGGGAUAAAAGAAGAGCAGUGCUUGGCGACUGUGAGAGGGCAGGAGCUGAGGUCAGGUCAAAAAGAGCCCAGGCUGCUGUCACUCAUCGAACGCAGUGGAGAGUUUUUGUUGUGCGUGUUGGCGACUCCUGAUGCUGUUGUGUCUCGUCCAGUGGCUCAGCUCUCCAUUCCAAUCAAUAGCAGCUUUGAAAUCAUACGAGAUGCUGAAGAGGCUCUUCUCAUCAACUUCUCCGUAGAUGCUUUUGUCAGGAUUCGAAUCAAGGGUGAAAAAUCUCCCGUGCUGCUGCUGGAGCUGCUUGACGAUGAGCGCAGUCAGACCUUCCUGGCUCAGGUGAAAAGUGCGCAGGAACAAGCUACAUCCAAAGCAGCGAAACUAAGAGUGAUGGCGGCUCCAACACCUCAGAGAACUCCGGUCCCUGUUCCACCGCAGAGAAUCAACAAGACCCUAAACUCAAAUUCUGGGCUUCACCAGUCAAAAUCUGCCAGUGCACUUCCUGUCACCAACAGCGGUACAGCCCAUCAGACAGACACUGCUCCAUCCCUUGCUUUCAACUUAGGAUUUGAAGAUGGCUCGAGCAAUGCUCUCAAAGUGGAAGAGAUAAAGAACCAGCAAAACCGUUUGGUUGCCUCCAAAGAACCUCCCCCUGUUCCUCCUCUGCCUCCUCGCAAGGCCUCCGUCACUCCGUCUAACCCUCAGUCUUCUGCACUGGUCACUAGAGACAGCGCUGCGUCUGUCCAGACUAAAGAGAAUUUCUCCAGCUACAACACUAAACCAGAUAGUUUCAGGUCAGGGUUGGAUCAUUCAGACAGACCCCUCUCCUGGUGUGACAGUCCCACCACGUACAGUACGAGGCAGGCUUCUUUCCCCAGUCAGGCAGGACAGAGAGAAUAUCUGAUCAAACAUAGACUGGGGAAGAAGGAGAGCGAGUAUGUGGACAUUCAAGGCUUCAGGUUUUUCGUUGGAACGUGGAAUGUGAAUGGUCAGUCCCCUGACAGCAGCCUGGAGCUGUGGCUUAGCUGUGAGGCAGAGCCUCCUGAUGUUUAUGCUAUUGGAUUUCAGGAGCUGGACCUGAGCACUGAAGCAUUCCUCUACAUGGACUCGUCCAAAGAGCAGAUCUGGGUUGAGGCUGUGGAGAGGAGUUUACAUCCCAAAGCGAAAUAUAAGAGGGUUCGGAUCAUCCGACUUGUGGGGAUGAUGCUCGCCGUCUUUGUCAAUAAGAAUCUGAAACAUCACAUUAAGGAAAUCGCUGCCGAGCAUGUGGGCACGGGAAUCAUGGGAAAAAUGGGAAACAAAGGAGGCGUAGCCGUAAGGUUCGUUUUUCACAACACGAGUUUCUGCAUCGUUAACUCCCACCUGGCAGCUCACGUGGAAGACUUUGAACGACGCAACCAGGACUAUAAGGACAUUUGUGCCAGAAUGACUUUUCACCUACUGGAACAUCCACCUCUGAGCAUCGUCAAACACGACGUGGUGAUCUGGCUCGGGGAUUUGAACUACCGUCUCUUCAUGUAUGAUUCCGCUGAGGUGAAACAGCUCAUCGCUCAGAAUGAGUUGAAGAAGCUUCUGGAAGUUGAUCAGCUGAACAUCCAGAGACAGACAAAAAGAGCGUUUACUGACUUCAUGGAGGGAGAAAUCACCUUCAUCCCUACGUACAAAUAUGAUCCCAGAACAGACCGAUGGGACUCCAGCGGGAAGUGUCGUGUUCCGGCCUGGUGUGACAGAAUUCUGUGGAGGGGAAACAACGUCAAGCAGCUCAAAUACCAGAGUCACAUGCAGUUGCAGACCAGUGAUCACAAACCAGUCAGCUCCCUCUUCAGUAUCGGAGUGAAGGUGGUGAAUGAGCAGAGACAUAAAAGAGUGUUCGAGGAAAUCGUUCGAGCCAUGGACAGAAUGGAGAACGACUUUCUUCCCUCUGUCUCUCUGAGCAGGAGGGAGUUUGCAUUUGAGAAUGUGAAAUUCCGCCAGCUGCAGAAGGAACGUUUCCUCCUCCAGAAUGACGGACAGGUUCCCUGUCACUUCGCCUUCAUCCCCAAACCCAAUGACACGAACUACUGUAAAACGUGGCUGAGAGCCGAACCAGCUGAUGGAUUUUUGGAACCAUCUGAGACUCUGGAAAUCUAUCUGGAAGUUUACGUCAGCAAAGACUCCGUGACUCUGCUUAACUCUGGAGAAGAUGCCAUCGAAGACAUCCUGGUUCUCCACCUGGACCGAGGGAAGGACUUUUUCCUCACCAUCACUGGAAACUACUUGUCCAGCUGCUUUGGAACUUCAUUGGAAACUCUGUGUCGCAUGAAGAAGCCCAUUAGAGAGAUUCCCAUCACCAAACUCAUCGAUCUGGGGGAAGACAGCUACAUGGAAAAGGAGAGGUCAAAGAUGAACUUCCUGAUGGCGGAUGGUGCAGGAACGGAUGACAAACCUCUGAAAAUCCCCAAGGAGCUUUGGAUUCUGGUCAACCAUCUCUACACCAAGGCCUGUGAUCAGGAGGACUUGUUCCAGACUCCAGGUCUUCAGGAAGAGCUGCAAAGCAUCAUUGACUGUCUUGACACCAGCAUUCCUGACUCACUACCUGGCUGUAACCACUCCGUAGCCGAAGCUCUGCUGAUCUUCCUGGAAGCCGUUCCGGAACCAGUGGUGUGUUACGAGCUGUACCACAGGUGUCUGGACUGUGCCCAUGACAGUCGACUGUGUAAACAGCUGAUCUCUCAGCUGCCUCGAGCUCACCGCAAUGUGUUCCGUUACCUAAUGGCUUUCCUGAAAGAGCUGCUGAAGCACUCCAUCAACAACAAUUUGACUGCAAACCUCAUAGCAACCCUCUUUGCCGGCCUUCUGAUCCGACCCCCUCCAAAUCUGACCAGUCGGCAGACAUCACAGGAACGACAGAAAGCCAUCGACUUCGUCCUGGGAUUCCUUAUGGCCGGAGAUGAGGAUUAAAAAAAUGAGAUGGAAUAUUAGGUCUGCAGAUGAUUUCUCUUGUUUUUUUUUUUCCUUGCAGUUUGGACCCAAAGGGUUGCUACGGAACCCCAGCAGCUUUGCAUUCGGAACCACAAUACAGACUGUGAUUACAAUAACAACUGUGAUGACCAAGUAUGAUAUCUGUUUUCAGACAGAGACCACUCACUGGCUUUUAGGAGAUGCUGGCAGAGGUGUGGACUAAAGACAGAGCACUUGAAAAUGUUUUUGUCCACAGACCCAAACUGUCCUGGGACCCCGUCCUCUGUGUAGGGACUGGUGUGCAGUAAGUCCCGAGUUAUAGAAAUAAAAUACACUAUCCGUUCGCACGCUUUCGGAAAGCAUAAUUCACACUAAAGAAAGAGAGAUUCCUGCAUAAGAUGUAAUGUAAAUAACCGGAGCAAACCAAAUCAUUGAAACCAGGGAAAGCUGUUUCUGGUUGAUGGUGAAACGUGACAAUCAUCAUUGUGCAAUUGUUAGCCGCCAACACGGCCGCGAGAUAUCGCGAUUCGCCUCCCAAGUUCGUUUCAACUGUUAUUAAAAUGCGUGUCUUCGUCUCUCACUUCUGCAGCAACUCAACAGUUCUAACAUCCAAGAUACAAAAAGCACUAUUUACCAUGUUUGUGUGUAGGCGUAAAAAAAAAAGAAAAGAGUUUCAUCGUUAUUGUGCUCAAACCGAGGUCCUUGUUAGUCUUUGUCUCUUUGUUGGUGUAAAUAUUGCUAUUAUUGUUUUCUGCUCCGUGACUUGAGAGUCAAUCAUGUUUAACUCCCCGACACAUAGAACUAGGAACACUGAGCACAAGAAACGGUUAGUAUCAGGAACGUUACACAUAUUUCUUUGUGUGUUUCUACUCAGGCCAACAUUUGAAGUGAAAAGUUUUAGCUGUUUUUUUGUUUUUUUUAAACUGGGAAAUUAACAGAUUGGCCUUGAAAAUGCCACCAGACUGUGUGAAGUUGCUUAUUUAUUGAUUUAAGUUAAAAAAAAAAAGAAGAAUUUUAUAACAGUAUAUCAUUUUUGCUGAUUCAGUUGUUUUUUUUUCCCCCAUUCUGAGAACUUUUUGUGACGUGAUGUUAAAUUUGGAAAAAAAAAAAACAAUAACCAGAAUCUAAGACUUAAAGAAUUUUAGCUUUAUAAACAACCACAUUCUUUUAAAUGGAGUAUAUGUCCGCUAAACCAAAUAUUAGCUUGCUUGCUUUUUUUUAAUCGAAAUAAUUUCCCCAUCUAAAACAAACAAAAAAAAAAAAACCUGAACUAAAAAAUACAAUUUUUCUUAGCUUCGUUAAUCAAAAAGCCCUCAAAUCAUCAUUCACAGACAUUCAUCAUUCACAAUCCUCUCUGACAAUCCUGGCUGGUAAAAGCAGGAACUGUUUUGAGGACAAAAAUACUGGUUUAAACUUUCAUUACUUCCCCAGUCCUUGUGUUUUGGUCAAGUCCUGAUGUUUAGGGUAAUGAAAAAGUAAAAAAAAAAA